GCUGGUGGUGGCGGUGUUGGUGUUGUGGCCGUGGCUGCUUCCUCGCCCUCGGCCUGCCAUCCUUCCUCGGCCUCCCUUCCCUCCCUCCCUGCCUCGUCGCCGGCGGCCAUGGAGUGGAGCCCCGCCCAGGCUCUCCAGUGGGAGGUGGGACCCGAAGCCAUGGCGGCCUCCUCUUCCUCCUCGCAGCCCCUGGGCAUCCCGGAAGCCCCUCCUUUGGCCGAUGCGCUUCCCGAAACGGCUGAGCUUUCCUUGACGGUGGUGGCCGAAAUCCAGGCUGUGGAGAGCAAGGUGGACUCCUACGCGGCGCAGCUCAUGAGCCUGGAGGGGCGGAUGGGGAUGGCCGAGACCAAGCUGGACGGCUGCGAGAAAACGGCUGUGGAGUUUGGGAACCAGCUGGAGAGCAAGUGGGCCGCCCUGGGCACCCUCAUCCAGGAGUACGGGCAGCUCCAGCGCCGGCUGGAGAACAUGGAGAACCUGCUCAAGAACCGGAACUUCUGGAUCCUGCGGCUGCCCCCAAGCUCCAAGGGGGAAACUCCCAAGGUUCCUCUGCUGUUUGACGACACCUCCUGCAGUUUCUCUGAGCAAGAGUGGCGGAGUUUGGACGAAGGGCAGAAGGACCUCUACCGGCAUAUCAUGAAGUGCAACUACAAGGCCGUGGUCUCCAUGGAUGCUGCCAUUUCCAAGCCUGACUUGCUCUCCCGGUUUGAACAAGGCGACGCUGGAGAUCAGGAGGAGAGAGAACCCCUCAAAGACUCUGCUCUGGGCUCUCCAAUCUCUGCCCUCAACGACAGUUCCUGGAUGGAUCAGGAGGAGAUGUCCCUUGUCAAAGGCAUGGGGGACCUGGAGGAAAAAGAGAUGCCAGGUGACUCCACUGUAGGCGCUCCGCAGCUCUUGGAGGAAGAACCAGAGGGCUUGGAGCUGCCUGGCAUGAUCCCCAGGAAAUGGACAGAGGUUUUCCAAGGCCCGGGCGAGGAGCUGCUUUGCGAGAGCCAGCCCAUCUUGGUGUCUCCUCCAAGGAAGCCUCCGGGAAGCAGCCUGCGACGUUCUGCUCGCUGUGUGGGUGACGGGAGGAAGGCAGAGACCUCAACGUUAGCGGCGGAAGCCCACACCGGACCCUACAUCUGCUGCGAGUGUGGGGAGGGCUUCCUGGACAAGCAGCUCUUCUCCAGCCACCAAAAGAGCCACGGCGGAGGGGGCGGCUACCCAGCCCUGGACCCAGGAGGGGGCUCUAAGGCCCGGCCGGCCCCCUCGCUCCUCCCACGGGUCCCGACUCCCUCCCGUGCCCGGCUUCCAAAGCGCCCCGAUCCCCAGAGGGGCCCCGCUGUGCGCCCAGGGACCGGGAAACGCCCGGGAAACCACAUGGUGGAGCGCCCCUACACCUGCAGCCAGUGCAAGGAGAGCUUCAAGCUGGAGGUGAGCCUGCUCCUGCACCAGAAGCUGCACACGGGGAAAGGCGAGGGGCCCCUGACUUGCACCUACUGCGGCAAGGACUUCCGGGACCUCUCCAAGGCCGUGCGGCACCAGCGCAUCCACACGGGCGAGCGGCCUUACCAGUGCACCGAGUGCGGGAAGAGCUUCAUCCGGCGGGACCACCUCCUCAAGCACUGGCGCGUCCACACCGGGGAGACACCCUACCAGUGCGCCACCUGCGGGAAGAACUUCCGCUACAAGGAGUCCCUGAACUGCCACCAGAAAAUCCACACCCGCAACCCCAUGGCGGCCACGCACCACCACCACUUGGCCCUGGGGAGCCCCGCCGGCCUCCUGGGCUUGAAGCAGGAGCAGCCGGGCGUGGAGUGGCGCAUGGGCCCCCUCCUCCGGCCGGCCCCCUGCUUCCGGCCCCGCUGCGGAGGGGAGGAAGGGGAGGAGGACGGGGGGCCGCCACCCUCCUCCUCGCUGUGGACAGUGGUGGGUGCGCUGCAAGCGGUGGAGCGCAAGGUGGACCUGCAGGCGGGGCGACUGCUGGGACUGGAGCGGAGGGCCGGCUCGGCCGAGAAGAGGCUCUCGAGCUCGGAGAAGGCCCUAGCCGAGUGCGGGCACCACCUGGCCGCCCUGCGCACCCUGGCCCAGGAGUACGUGCUGCUCCGGCGGCGCAUGGAGAACAUGGAGAACCUGCUCAAGAAUCGAGACCUCUGGAUCCUGCGCCUCCCGCCCGGCGCCAAGACCGCUGACCCCAAGGUGACGUUUGACGAGGUCUCGGUCUACUUCUCCAAGCCGGAAUGGGACAAACUGGAGGAAUGGCAAAGGGAGCUCUACAAGAACGUCAUGAAGGGGAACUACGAAUCCCUGGUCUCCAUGGAUUACGCCAUUGCCAAGCCAGAGCUGUUGUCGCGCAUCGAACGCGGGGAGGAGUUGUGUGUCGAGGAUCGGGGUCCUAUGGAGGAAGAAGAGGCCGCCAGGGAAGUCAGCACCGAAUUCCCAGCAACUGUGAACGAAAACAUGGUCACAUUGAUCCAAAGGGAAAUUGUUCCUUCGAUGGUGGAAAAGUGGGAUGCGGCCGAAAGGAGAGCCAUGGCAGCCAACAACAACCCCGAGGACGCCCCUUUUUCCCGCUCGCCCCCGGAAGCGGAUACGGAGACCAGAGACGUGGUGAUUUAUAGCGCGCUGCCGGAGGAAGAGGAGGAGGAGGGUGAGGACUUGGUUGCGGGUCCGUCAGCGGAGGAGGAUUCCUCCCAACGGGGCCCCGACUUUGGCGACUUCACCACCAUCAUCGUCCAGGAAGGGGCACUGCCCGGCGAGGCCCCGUUCGUGUGCCCUGAGUGCGGGAAGAGCUUCCUUUACGAGGAGCAGCGGGCGCUCCACCGGCAGACUCACCCUAGAACCCCCGCUGAAGAGAGAUCCAUCCCGUCGGAGAUCCUGCCGCCUACGCCGAAGGUGUACCCGUGCCCGGAGUGCGAGCGCUGCUUCCCGCACCCGUCGAGCCUCAGCAAGCACCGCCUCUGGCACUCGGGGGAGCGGCCGCAUACCUGCGGCGAGUGCCAGAAAAGCUUCCGGCUGAAGAUCAACCUCCACUUGCACCAGCGCAGCCACGCCGCUUCCUCGUCCGUCGCCAAAGCCGGGUCGUACAUCUGCGGGGAGUGCGGCCGCGGGUUCAACCACCACUCCAACUUCCUGCGGCACCAGAUGAUCCACACGGGGGAGCGGCCCUACUCCUGCGGGGAGUGCGGGAAGACCUUCAUCCGCAAGGAGCACCUGGCCACGCACCGCCGGCUCCACACCGGAGAGCGGCCUUACCGCUGCUCCUUGUGCCAGAAGAGCUUCACCCGGAAGCAGCACCUGGUCGGACACCAGCGCCUCCAUGAGGCCGAAGGGCUUGUGCCGUGGGUCGGCAACGACCACAACAACCACGGAGAGGGACACCAACCCCACCAUCGCCAGGUCAAGGAUCACGGUCAGGGCAGCAUGGUGGGGACCUCCCUCGGUCCAGAGAGGGGCGCCUUUCGCAUGGGAACCGGAAGUGUGGCGCGAAGCCCAGCCAAGCUCGACCUCUAUUCCCUGCUCUCUCCUGGGCGGAGCUAUGGCUCAUCAGGUUGCGCCGUGAGGCGGCAGGACCCAGCGGACGCCUUUCUCCGUUGCCGGCCUCGCUCCUCCGCCUGGCCUGGGCCCCGCUUGCGGCGCUGCGCCCCUCGUCUUAAAGGGGAAGGAGGGCAACAAAGGGAGGAAGGAGGGAGGGCCACCAUGGAGAAGGGGCCAGGAUUGGAGUCUGACCGGCGACUGCGGCGCCUGCCUUCGCGCCUCUCCGCAGACCCCGAGAGGGAGGCCCCAGCGGCGGAGAUCUCCCUGACCUUGAUUGCCUCCUUCCAAGCCAUGGAGAAGAAGAUGGAUUCCCAUGCUACGCGGCUGCUGGACCUGGAAGGCCGGGCAGGGACGGCCGAGAAGAAGAUCCUGGACUGUGAGAAGACCACCGUGGAGAUGGGCAACCAGUUGGAGAGCAAGUGGGCCACCCUGGGCACCCUCAUCCAGGAGUAUGGGCUGCUCCAGCGCCGGCUGGAGAACAUGGAGAACCUGCUCAAGAACCGGAACUUCUGGAUCCUGCGGCUGCCCCCAGGCUCCAAGGGAGAGACCCCUAAGGUGCCGGUGACGUUUGACGAUGUGUCUGUCUAUUUCAACGACAAGGAAUGGGAGAAGCUGGAGGAGUGGCAGAAGGAACUCUACAAAAACCUGAUGAAGGGGAACCACGAAUCCUUGAUCUCUUUGGACUAUGCCAUUUCUAAACCAGGCGUUUUAGCGCAGACGGAGCCGGGUCCAGAUGGAGAUGAGCAGGAUUCAGAGGAACAGGGCAGCCCUCCGGAUCCCACGGCAGCUGGCCUUCGGGUGGUGAUCAAAACGGAGGAGCCCCAUUCGGACGACUGCCCGGAAGACCUGGAGCGGCAGCAGAUGUCCGGCAGCUCGGAAGGGGAUUUCCAAGGUCUGGAUCAAGAACCGCCCUGCGGAAGCCCCUACAGUGCAGCCAACAAUGCGGAGGAAGGUGGCGAAUAUGGCAGCUUCGGGGAAAUCAAGAGGGUCACCGUGCAACAUGGCAACUGCACAGAUGAUGGAAUUGUGAUCAAAAUGGAGGAGGAAGAGGAAGAGGAGGAAGAAGAGGAGGAGGAAGAGGAGGAGGAAGAGGAAGAAGAGGAGGAGGAGGAAGACCCGGUCAGCUUGGAGCCCCGGGGGCUGUUCUCGUCGAGGGCCGAGCCCCCUUGCUCCCUGAAUUGCAACGUGGAAACCCGGCGAGAGGAGCAGCGGGUCCCGAAGCCCGCCCGGCCCACGGUGGGGAUCUGCGCCCCCCUGUGCGAGAGGGACAAUAGCGCCGAGGCCCGGCCUGUCAUGCUGCAGCAGCGGAACCGGACGCGGGAGCGGCCCUACGUCUGCCCGGAGUGCGGGAAGAGCUUCAUGCUGCGCAUCAACUACAUCAUCCACCAGCGCAACCACCUGAAGGAAGGGCCCUACGAGUGCCACGCCUGCGACCUCAGCUUCCGCAUCAAGCAGCAGUUCCUGCUGCACCAGCGGCUCCACACCGCGCGGCGUGGAGGAGUGGCAGCCCCUCCGCCCCGCCGGGGACAGCCCUUCCCAGAGAAGAGAGGCCUCAAGCCGCAGCCGCGGCCGCCGUCAGCCCCAGGGAAGCCCUACAAGUGCGGUGAGUGCGAGAGCAGCUUCAGCCACAAGUCCAGCCUGAGCAAGCACCAGAUCACGCACGUGGGAGAGCGGCCGUACUCCUGCGGCGAGUGCCGGAAGAGCUUCCGGCUGCAGAUCUCGCUGGCCAUGCACCAGCGGGUGCACACGGGGAAGACCGAGCUCUCCUUCAUCUGCCCACAGUGUGGCAAGGCCUUCAGCCGCCCUUCGCACCUCCUGCGCCACCAGCGGACUCACACCGGCGAGCGGCCCUACAAGUGCAGCCAGUGCGACAAGACCUUCAGCGAGAAGUCCAAGCUGACCAACCACUACCGCGUCCACACCCGGGAGCGGCCGCACGCCUGCGGCGAGUGUGGGAAGGGCUUCAUCCGCAAGCACCACCUCCUGGAGCAUCAGCGCAUCCACACCGGGGAGCGGCCCUACCACUGCGCCGAGUGCGGGAAGAAUUUCACCCAGAAGCACCACCUGCUGGAGCACCAGCGGGCGCACACUGGCGAGAGGCCCUACCCCUGCACCGAGUGCGCCAAGUGUUUCCGCUACAAGCAGUCCCUCAAGUACCACUUGCGGACACAUAUGGGGGAGUGAGGGUCGCUCGCUCGCCCCUCCUUGGUCUUGCGCAUCAUCCGGCAUCCCUGGCGCCCGGGGGACAGAGGACUGGCCGGCUGACCGGUCAGUUGAUUGCUCGCUGAAGAGUGGGUGAUGGGGGGAAGCCCUUCCCAUGUACCCCUCUGCCCCCCCUCCUGCCCCUUCCCACCCAGGAGCAGAGACGCGUGGUCUCUCCCUAGAAGUAAAUAACGGGUUUCAGAAUCAAACUAACCGCACCUGUUGGCACCAUGACACUUGCCAGACCUUGAACUCUAUUCGCCUUGCUUCUGCCUUCCUUGCCCCCUGUUCUGUUCUUUUUGAUAAUAAAUGUGGAGUCUGAUUUAUUUGGUAAGCAAA